UAUAGUCAUAGAUCUAUGAAUAUGACCUGUCAGUGUCAGCACUGUCAGUCAGGUUUAGAUUGAAAUUGAAAAUAGUUUUAGGUCGGGACUUUAUUAUUAUGAUCAAAAAGAAUAAUAUAUAGAAAAAUAAACAUUGUAGUUGUAAGUCGGCCUAUCGAUCGUUUAUUUGUAUAAUAGUUCCAGCCUCAGACUAAUUUUUAUGGUUCUACUAACUAAGUUAUACAGUUAUUUUUACUAAGUGUGUAUGCUAGAUAAUAUUUAUUUUGACUUUUGACCUUCCGGUAUUUGGUCCUUUUAUUAAAUAUUAGCUUACGUCAAUUGCAAUGUUCCGCCGCCGAGUGCAGUGCAGCAUUAGCCCAAACCGUGAACAUAAUAAUUUGAGUAUAAAAUAAGAAAGGGACAUUGCUGAUCCAAUAAUGCAUCAGUGCUGCGUGUUUGGAUGUAGAAAUCAAGGGAAUCAUACAUUUCCUAAAGAUCAAAUUGUACGAAAACUAUGGGAAGCGGCCAUACCCACACGUGAUAAUAACAUGUAUAUAGCAAAAAAGUACUCCAAAAUAUGUCCAGCACAUUUUAAACCCCAAGAUUUCAUUAAGUAUGGAAGGUUUUCAGGAUUAGUAAACACCAGGCGCAUUCUAAAGAAAGGAAUAGUGCCUUCCAUCUUUCAGUGCACCAAAUGGGAAGAUGUAAAAUCUAAGCAGAGGCUAGAACGGGCUGAAGUGGGUAUGGUUACAUUGGAACUGGAAGUAGAGAAAAAGGAAGUAUUUGUGAAAGAGGAGCCCCCAUGUGAAUAUUUAGUCAGUGAAGAUGCUAGCAGCCUGUAUGAUGUUCAUGUGGCCAAAGAUGAGGAUGGAAUGGUUACAUUGCAACUGGAUGUAGUGAAGAAGGAAGUAGUUGUUAAGGAGGAGCCCCCAUGUGAAGAUUUAGGCAGUGAAGAUGUUACCAGCCUGUAUGGCAAUCAUGUGGUCAAAGAAGAGCUCCGACCAGGGCCCGAGUGCCUACAGCAGCAUGGUAUGGUCACAUUGGAACUGGAUGUUGUGAAAAAGGAAGUUUUCGUAAAGAAAGAGCCCCCAAGUGAUGGCAUUGAAUACGCCGACCAUGUGGUCAACGAUGAGCUCGUGCUUGGACCCCAGUACCAGCAACAGCGUGGUCAGUAUCCGCGAUAGAAUAACUAAGCUCUUAGGACAUUUAUGACUUUUAUAAACGGUCUAUUGUUGGUGCAAUAAAGAAUAUUUACUUACUUACUUACUUAUAGACGCCACAGGUGACCAGAAGGCUGGCCAGUAUUUUACUCAACGCGUCAGCAUUGCCAUUGAACGUGGCAAUGCGGCCAGCCUUCUGGGCACACUGCCCGUCGGCAGUGAUGUGGAGGACGUGUUUUAUUUCUAGAACCUUUAUUUUAAGUUUAUUUAUAGAAGUUUGUAUAAUUAUUUUAAGCUUAAUUAUAGUUUUCAUUUCUCAUGAUCUGAAAGUGGGUCGUUGUUGUUCUAAAAAGUGUGUAGAAAAUGAUGCGUUUCUGCUCUAGAGUAUUGUACUUUCUAAGUACGUUUUUUUCUCUUUUUAGGGUUCCGUAGCAAAAAAUGGCAAAAAAACGGAACUCUUAUAGAUUCUUCAUGUCCGUCUGUCUGUCCAAAUAUGUCACAGCAUGUUUAGGGUCGGCAACGCGCAUGUAACUCCUCUGGAGUUGCAGGCGUUCAUAGGCUACGGAGACUGCUUACCAUCAGGCGGGCCGUAUGCUUGUUUGCCACCGACGUAGUAUAAAAAAAACAGCCACUUUUUUUACGAUAAGCAGUUAUUUUUUUUGUUUUAAUUGGAUUUGUUGUACCAUGUCCGUUCUGAUAAUUAACUCCCCAUUCCAUAAAUAACGAUUUUUACCUAAAUUGUUAAUUGAAAGUACCCUCAAGAAAUACUACUUAGCUAUGUUUUUUAAUGCACAUGUAUUUUACUUUCCUUGUAUUCGAAAUGAAAAGUACAUUGUUUAACUCGGGUGAAAGGCACCAUUUCAUCCCUUGUUUGACAAUCUACUAUUAUUUAUUGUUCUAUGUUUAUAUAAUUGUGUAGUCUCAUCAAAAGAAAUUGAGUCAAUAAUUAAAAAAAAUGUUCUCUUCUACAAAUCAAAUUGUACAACUUUUUGGUUGCCGUUGGUGCAUAAAUUAGUAGUAGGUAUUUAAAUAAUAAGCAUAUGUAUAUCAAUGGAACAAAAUAAAGCUUCAUUUGAAAA